CUAACCCAUAAGGCCACGGGGCCGGAAGUCCUACUCUCUCUCUUCCUGUUCUCCAUCAUGUCGCAAGAUCAAGGUGAAAAGGAGAACCCCAUGCGGGAACUUCGCAUCCGCAAGCUCUGCCUCAAUAUCUGUGUUGGGGAGAGCGGGGACAGACUGACCCGGGCAGCCAAGGUGUUGGAGCAGCUCACAGGCCAGACACCUGUCUUUUCCAAAGCUAGGUACACCGUGAGGUCCUUCGGCAUCAGGAGAAAUGAAAAGAUUGCUGUUCAUUGUACUGUUCGUGGAGCCAAGGCAGAAGAGAUUCUGGAGAAAGGCCUGAAGGUGCGGGAGUAUGAGUUGCGGAAAAAUAACUUCUCAGAUACUGGGAACUUCGGCUUUGGGAUUCAAGAACACAUUGACCUGGGCAUCAAAUAUGACCCAAGCAUUGGGAUCUACGGCCUGGACUUCUAUGUGGUGCUGGGCAGGCCAGGUUUCAGCAUCGCAGACAAGAAGCGCAGGACAGGCUGCAUUGGGGCCAAACACAGAAUCAGCAAAGAGGAAGCCAUGCGCUGGUUCCAGCAGAAGUACGAUGGGAUCAUCCUUCCUGGCAAAUAAAUUUUAUCCAAAAGGCCAAUAAAAUUUUUCUCAGAAAUG